UUCGUAUUUUCGUGCUGCUAACAGUCUACCAAUAAUGUCAUCAUCUACUGCAUCUGUGAACGGGCCUAGACGCCAGAUAAGUGAACGCGGAAAAGAGAUAAUAUAUCAGCUGCUGGCGGCUAGGAGGAGGAUUCAACAAUUAACAACUUAUAUAAAUAAUCUUCGGAUGAUAUACAAUAUGAGCGAUGAGCACAAAACCGCUAUGUAUCAAGCUGAACAAGAACGACAUAACGUGAUUGAUCAAGAGCAGAGAAUGGAAGUCAUACUAGUCAACCAAUUUGACUUGAGUGAUGCAAUAAUAAGAGAUAAUAUCGCUCUCCAGUCUUUGGUACCCGAGUACUUUUCAUAUUAGUGAUGAUCUACUAGUCAAUUGUUAGUAAUUAAUAAUGAAUAAGUGGAGUAGUGCAUUUAUUAAUUUUAUUAAUAUUGUAGCUCUAAAUAUUUUGAUUGAUUAUGAGUUUCAAUUUUAUGUUUACCAUCCACGACCAUUUAUAUGAAUAAGAGCAUGCAUUUCGUAUUAUCCGGUCUUGUUAAAUGUUU